AGUAAAAAUGGUUGCAAACAACACUAUCGACUUUUCCCAGCUCGACGAUAUCGCUGCUGCCCUGGAGCCGACGCUGAAGAUAUGCCAUGAUGGUAAGACAUAUAGCUAUCAGCCUAAAGGCCCAAUUUCUCGUAAUAUCCGUGCUAAGAAGUAUACCUACAUCCAUAGGUCAGCACAUUUGGUUCGGUCAUGGACCACGUCGGAAUCGCCAGCCUCGUUAAGCACUGUGAAGCUACCCUUAACCAAGAUGACUUUGUUUCGUUCGUCGGAGCUCUCUCGCCGCGCAAUCAUUAAGACAAUCGCAAUGGUUGGUUCUGCCAGAGCACAUUAUGCAAUGAUCAUCUUGAUGCAGGCGGUCAGCGAGGAUGUCAAGGCAAAGCUAAGCAAGGAUGUCUACCGGACUGAGGAAGAGCAGGAUUACAAGCUUGUCUCUAAGCGUGGCCAGGAUUUUGCUAGGCGACAACACAGAUAUGUGCCCAGAGCUGCUGCCGGUGUUUUUCUUCGAUGCGUAUGGCCGAUUUAUCUGCAGCGAAGGUAUUAUGCCUCUGAAGGAGUCAGAGUUGUGCAUUCUUGCAGGUCAGUUAUCCCCCUCCAGAUCGAGGACUACAUCAACAUCCACAUCAAAGGAUCUGCCGUCUAUGGCGCUAACAAGGACGAAAUCAAUGCCGCUAUGGCCGAUAGGAAACCUAGUGCGCAAGGCUGGUGCCUAAAUCGACACUAG